GCUGAUCUAAACGAUGCACGCGUUAUUAUUUUGGAAGUGUCACCCGGAUAUCCGUGUCUGGUCUGGCUUUGGGGCUGACUUUUCGUCGGCUGCAAGCUGCGCCCGUUCGCAACCUGCAUGUUGAUCGGCUCUGUACGGCCGGAGAACGCACCGUCAGUUUAUUAUUAGAUUGGCUGGCACCGCGGGGCGGCUUCAACUCGACGGGAGAAGUCGUCGCUAAGCGGCCGACACCGCGACUAGGCGGUGAUUGGGUCCAGUUUGGCUCUCGCCUUUUUCUCUACCUCCCCUCCGAUGUAGCUCGGGAGCUAGCAGCGCUGCGAUCACAUCGUUUCCACUGCGCCUUUUCCUUCCCCUUUCUUUGAGUUAAUGCCGGAUAGCAAUAGCGAUAGGCGUUGCUAGUACCGAAAGUACGUUGAAAAAGGGGGUCGAGGUUGACGAGUCAUCAACGAGUCAUUCCCCCCCGGUCAACGAGCGAAUUAAUGGCCGGAAACCCGAGGAGAGGCGCGGGUCUCAUCGGCUUGAUGAAGGACGCCUUUCAGCCCCACCAGCAGCCCAUGCAGCCCCACCAGCCCGCCGCAGUGGACAAGAAAAUGGUGGAGAAAUGCUGGAAGUUAAUGGAUAAGGUGGUGCGCUUGUGCCAGAACCCCAAGGUGGCGCUGAAGAACAGCCCACCGUACAUCCUGGACCUGCUGCCCGACACCUACCAGCACCUGCGCACUGUCCUGUCGCGCUACGAGAGCCGCAUGGACAUGCUGGGCGAGAACGAGUAUUUCCGCGUGGUCAUGGACAACCUGACCAACAAGACCAAACAGACCAUGAGCUUGUUCAAGGAGGCUAAGGAGAGGAUGUACGAGGAGAACUCCCAGCCCAGGCGAAACCUGACCAAGCUAUCGCUCAUCUUCAGUCACAUGCUGGCCGAGCUCAAAGCCAUCUUCCCCAACGGCCUCUUCCAGGGCGACAACUUCCGGAUCACCAAAGCCGACGCUGCCGAGUUUUGGAGGCGCUCCUUCGGGGACAAGACCAUCGUGCCAUGGAGGACCUUCCGGCAGGCGCUGCAUGAGUUUCACCCCAUCGGCUCGGGUCUGGAGGCCAUGGCGCUCAAGUCCACCAUCGACCUCACCUGCAACGACUGCAUCUCCGUCUUUGAGUUUGACAUCUUCACCAGGCUCUUUCAGCCGUGGUCGUCCCUGCUGAGGAACUGGAACAGUCUUGCGGUCACGCACCCGGGCUACAUGGCCUUCCUGACCUACGACGAGGUCAAGGCUCGACUGCACAGGUUCAUCCACAAGCCCGGCAGCUACAUCUUCAGGCUGAGCUGUACACGGCUGGGUCAGUGGGCCAUUGGCUACGUGACAGCUGACGGCAACAUUCUGCAGACCAUCCCUCAUAACAAGCCUUUGUUCCAAGCGCUCAUCGACGGCUACAGAGAGGGAUUCUACCUAUUCCCAGAUGGCCGCGCACAGAACCCAGACCUAACGGGCCUGUGCGAACCUUCCCCGCAAGACCACAUCAAAGUCACCCAGGAGCAGUACGAGUUGUACUGCGAGAUGGGCUCCACCUUCCAGCUGUGCAAAAUCUGCGCCGAGAACGACAAGGACGUCAAGAUAGAGCCCUGCCGGCACCUGAUGUGCACUUCCUGUCUGACCGCCUGGCAGGAUUCGGAGGGUCAGGGCUGCCCCUUCUGCCGCUGUGAGAUCAAGGGCACCGAGCCCAUCGUGGUGGACCCUUUUCACCCCAAAGCCGGCGGAGGAGCUUUCACUGGAUUCCAAGGAGGGGCCGGCCGUGCUGAGGCAGCCACCAACGACGAGGACGACGACGAGCGUCUGGAAGACCAGAACCUCGUCAUGAGCAGGCUGGCCUGCAGCAAGGUGGAGCGCCCGGCGUCUCCCGUGUCCCAGCUGCCUCCGGUUCCGCCCCGGCUCGACCUGCUUCAGCAGAGACCCUCGAACUUGCACAGCCAGCUGGUCCAAGGAGCCUGCGCUAAGAUGGGGGCCACACACAGGGACAAGCCCCUCCCGUUGCCCCCGGCGCUCCGAGAGCUUCCACCGCCGCCUCCCCCAGAGCGCCCCUACUCGGCGUCAGCAGCAGGGGACCCCAGGCUACAGAGGAGACCCCUGCCCUCAACGCCCGACACACCGGCCUGGGCCACCAACUACAUGGUGCCGCGACCCGUCUGCAAGGCGCCCGCUGCCUCCGAGGCAGGCAGGGCCCAGGUGGCCACCAACGCCAUCUACUGCCUGGCCGCCAGAUCGUUGCCGACGUCGGCCGUGUCCAGCAGGGAGAAGUUGACCACCGACAGCGAGGAGAACGAGUACAUGAGUCCCACCUCUCUCCCGGCAUCGGGCGCGCCGUGGAAUAUCACCGGCUCGUCGGUGCCGCCGCCGCCUGGCCAAGCAAACCACUACCGCGAAGUCGGCGGCGAGGGCAACAAUGUGGACACGGCGGACCCUCAGGUGUAUGAGGCCAUGUGCAACAUCCAGGCCCAGGCGGCUUCGGCCGAGCCCAUCGAUGACGAGUGUCCUCAGCACGCCUGCGCCGCCGUCUACCAGGCCAAGUCCACGGACGGCCCCUUGGAUGACACGUAUGAGUACGACCGCCUGCCGGCACCUGCCCGGCGGGCGCUGGCAGACGGUCCCUCCAAAGCCUUCGGCACGCUCAGCAUCGACGGAGCCGUCGAAGCCGGUUUGUACGCAGCCGGCGCAGACCCCGAGCGCCCCCCCAAGCCUCUCCCACGCCGCACCAACUCAGACUGGCGGGUUGGGCCGCCCAACCGUGAGGCGGCCUCGCCGGAGCGGCCCACGGAGUGGCUGAGCGGUGAGAUCGAGUGCCUGAUGUCUCAGGGCUACUCCAUCCAGGACAUCCAGAAGGCACUACUGAUUGCCCGGAACAACCUUGAGACAGCCAAGAACAUCCUUCGAGAGUUUGUGUCCGUGCCCUCGGCGGCGCACGUCGCCACAUAAUCCCGCCGCGCAUGACCCACUCCACGCCGCCACGCCUUUGAGCGCCUGCUGAGGGACCUUGCAUGACGGAUGCUAAGCUCUAUGCUUUAUCGUUCAUCUUGAGACUGUUCUGUCUUUUAAGAACGACAAUUAAGCGCCCUUGUCGCGCUCUCCUGUUCCAUUGGCCAUCUACAACAAGCCAGCAUUACAAGGCCGGAAAGACUCGCUUCAAACAGAUGCUUAAAUAUAUGUACACUAAAAAAAUAAGUAUUUUAACUUUUCUCUUGAUAACUUGCCUACUAAAAAGUGUCUCGCUGCUUUAUCAUCAUGUAAGUAUGAUUUAUUUAUUGUCUUUUUAAUAUCCUUUGUGUUUGUUGUGUUGCAAUGUUUUUAUGCCCAAGCCAUUAAGAUUUUGAAUUAAACAGUAUUUUCUUUAAAA